AUGCCAAAGGGUGGUGCCAGAAGGGAGAAAGUCCCAGAGGUGGACCUGAACCACUUAGCUGACAGUUUGGUUUGCCAUGUGAAGGCUGUUGGCCUGCAAGGUGCUUUCGCUUUGGGCAAAUACCUCAACCUGGAAAGGCAACAGGCUGUCGUGGGCCAGGAUUUGGUGGACCUGCUGCCUUUGAUAAAGAGCCUGUACAAGGUUGAGCCCUCCCUCCAGUUCAAGUACAGUGACCUGUCAGAGGUGCUCAAGCAGAUCCUGAAGGAUUUUCCAGGCAUCAAGGACUCUUUCCCACUGUCAAUGCAGGGAACACUAUGGAAGACACUUGCUGAUGCUUUGCUGGUGGUGUGCAACCAUUGCAGGAGAAUUGGCAGGGAUAAAGCCAAAUACCUGGAGGCUGGGAAGAAGCUCAGCCAUUUCCAGCUCGAAAAGCUGGAAGAGAUUUGGGCCUUCUUCAAUGAACCUGCAGGGGAAGGUUCCUCUCCCAGGAAGGUUGGCAAGAAGGAGUUUGAAGUCCCUGCAACCCAAGAUUCUUUGCUGGAGGAAGCAGAGAAUGUGAUGCCUGUGCUUACCAGGAAGAGGGCCCUCAGGCAGACUAUGGCCAGACCUGCUGCUUCUGAAAAGAAGUUGGGUAAGAAGCCUGAGGCCAGACCUGCUGCUUCAAAGAAGUUGGGUAAGAAGCCUGCCUGUCAAGAGGAAAGGUUGCCAGAUGACUGGGUGAUGGGAGACCAGGCCUUGAAUUUCAUGACCUACAAGACUGGUGCUGUGGCCUUGAGGGUGCCAGGGGGGAGGCAGGUUAUGCAGCUUCUUUCCCACAAAGGCAAGGAGCACAACAACAAGUUGGCCAAGGAAGCUCUGAAGAUGUUUAAAGCAGGGAAAACCCUAGGUGAGUUCCUCAACUUGGUGGAGUGGCUGGUUGAAAAGAUGGAUGAGUCGCUUCGGUCUGGCACUGCCACAGAAGCAGGAGGAGAGGGUGGCAAGGGAGGAGGCAAAGAAGAAGGCCAGGGUGGCAAGGGAGGAGGCAAAGAAGAAGAAGGCCAGGGUGGCAAGGGAGGAGGCAAAGAAGAUGAAGAGGAGGGUGGCAAGGGAGCAAGGGAGGAGGUGGGAAGGAAAGUGGUAAGGGAGAAGGGAAGGAGGCUGGCAAGGGAGAACUGGAGGGGCAGCCUGGCUUGA